CUUUUGGCCCGAGUCAACGGGCUUGGGGCGCCGUCGCUCUUGGCGACUCGGCUCCCCAUUGGUCUCUUAGGGCACCGCCCACGGGCGGGCGAGGGAUUCCGUGUGCUGCGCGCAGUUCCAUUACCCUGCUGGGGCUCCGAGGUUCGGCUUGUGCCAGUCGAUAUUUUCCUGGACGCCGGCCUCCCCAGGCCGUUCUGGGGUUUCCUGCGCCGGCUGGAGUCCUGGCUGGCCGCGCAUGUGAGCCUAGCGGCCGUUCUUCCUUCCGCCGGCUCUGACUCAAGAGUUACAGGUGACUGGAUGGUCAAGCCGCAGAAUGCCUAGCACCUUACAAGGUUGGCCACAAUGAGCACACUGCGGUUAAAGGAAGCCAAGGUGCCAAGCGUUCAGUUUGUGGGAGAUGACGAUGUUCUUAGUCACAUUCUGGAUAGAGAAGGAGGAACUAAAUUAAAGAAGGAGAAAGUUCAGCUUUUGGUCAAUCCCCAGAAAGUAAUAAAGAAGGCAGAAUGUGAGUUAGAGAAAAGUGACCUGGAAGUCUUAGAGGAUCAGAACUACGUGGAAGUCUUGGGAAGAAAUAUUCAAGAAUCCUUGGGAAAUGGCUCUGCUGUAGAUGGUAGGAAUAAAGUUUAUUCUUUUCAACACAGAAAACACCCUGAAGAGAUGACUAAGUUGGCUUUAGAACUAGCAAAAACAUCAGGAAAAAUUGAUCCACUCGCCUCAAACGAUCCUAAAAUCACGAAAAACAUUGCUCGAAAAAGCAAAGGGCAUUCUUCAGAGAAAGCUCCGCUGGAGAACAAUAACAAAAAUGAAUUUCCGUCAAUACAACCUCAUAAUGUAAGAAAAAGAUUAAUAGCAUCAAGGUCUCAUUGUGACAGUGAAAGUGAAUAUUCUGCUUCCAGCUCAGAAGAUGAUGAAGAGGUUGCAAAAGACGAUGAAGAAGACACUAAUGUGGUCAGGUGCUCGAAAAAGAGUCAAGGUCAGAAUAGACUACUUCCAGCUCCUGUUUCCAAAGAGACACUGCCCAAGAAAAGGAAGAGAGACAAAGCAGGUGACUUGGUAGAGGAAUAUUUUGAAGCCCACAGUAGUUCAAAAGUCUUAACGUCGGAUAGAACGCUGCAGAAGCUGAGGAGAGCGAGAGUGGACCAGAAAACUCUGCGUAACUUACUGAGCAAAUUUGUGCCUUCCUUUUCUACUGAAAUUGGACAAUUGAAUCAACAGCAUGAGAGACUGUUUGAUAAGUGGAUACUACAGUUACGCCUUGGGUUCAACAUUGUGCUUUAUGGUUUGGGGUCUAAGAGAGAUUUACUAGAAAAGUUUCGAACUACCAUGCUUCAAGAUUCCAUUCAUGUUGUCAUCAACGGCUUCUUUCCUGGCAUCAGUGUAAAAUCAAUCCUGAACUCUAUAACUGAAGAUGUCCUCAGUCACAUGGGUACUUUCCAAAGUGUUCUGGAUCAGCGAGACUGGAUAAUGAACAGAUUUAAAGAAGAUUCUUCUUUAGAACUCUUUCUUCUUAUCCACAAUUUGGAUAGCCAGAUGUUAAGAGGAGACAAUAGCCAGCAAAUUCUUGGACAGUUGUCAUCCUUACGUAAUGUGUAUCUCAUAGCAUCUAUUGACCACCUCAAUGCUCCUCUCAUGUGGGAUCAUGCAAAGCAGAGUCUGUACAAUUGGCUGUGGUAUGAAACCACUACAUACAGUCCUUACACUGAAGAGACCUCCUAUGAGAACUCCCUCUUGGUUAAACAGUCUGGAUCUCUACCACUGAGUUCUCUGAUUCAUGUCUUACGAAGCCUUACACCCAAUGCAAGGGGGAUUUUCAGGCUACUUAUGAAGUACCAAUUGGAUAACCAGGACUGCCCUUCCUACAUUGGACUUUCUUUUCAAGAUUUUUACCAGCAGUGUCGGGAAGCAUUCCUUGUUAACAGUGAUCUUACACUCCGAGCCCAGUUAACUGAAUUUAGGGACCACAAACUUAUAAGAACGAAGAAGGGAACUGAUGGUGUGGAGUACUUAUUAAUUCCUGUUGACAGCGGAACAUUGGCCGAUUUCUUGGAGAAGGAGGAGGAGGAGGAGUCGUAGACUGUCUCUUACCCUUGAACUUUAUGUGGAAGCCUCAGUGUGCCCCAGCUGCUGCUCCUCUAGUAAGAAUGCUGGUUUACAUCCAACAUUAGGUCAUUCUCUCCAGCAUACAAGAUGUCCUGUGGAAGAGGCAUAUCAUCAAUUUGAACUUUGAUUAGCCUGGCUGGUGUACAGUCUCUAAUACUAUGCAGUGGUCGUUGAGUUGGGAAAAAAAAAUGUGCCUUUAAUUUAUUACCUCUCGGGAGACGUCUUGCUGGUUGAACAGUGCUCAGGGAUCAUUUGGAACUGGUUGUUUUGGAUUAUUUUAUACUGGAUGCUAUCCCUAUUUUUGAGGGCAACACUCCAGAGCUGAAUUGCUACAAGUGCACUUGCUUCAGAUCGUCAGAGCACAGAGGUCAGAGUGCAGGGAUCUCGCAGAACUGAUGAGGAAGGAGGUGUUCCUUCUGUUCUUGCUGAAGCGAUGAUGAAAAGCACCGGUGGACUAGGAUGACCCAGCUUUCUCCUGUGGACUUAGGCUACACCUCCUGAAGACCGUUGACACUAUUCAGCUGAGUUUGUGGGAGAAGUGUAAGGGAUAUAUGUGUAUGUAGAGCAUGUGUCCGAUCUAGAAAGCAUAUUUAAAAUAGUUGGUGUCUGUACCAGGACCUUGAUUUUUAUGAAACAAAUGAGAAGCCAGGCUAAGAAAUAAAAUCCUAGCUUACAUUUUCUCAAUUGUUUUCAGGACAAUAAAAAAUAAAAACAUUUCAUCAUCCUUGUACAUUGA